GCCACCAAGCCGGUUCUGCAAACAACAGCUCCACACACACACACACACAUAUAUAUAUAUAUAUACAAUCCAAACGGAGUGGCUGGAAAAACAGGCCGGGUACGGAGAGUAGGUGCGGCUGGUCUCCAGGGCUGAAGUGGAUAUUUCCAGAAUAACAUACUACGCUGAAUAUGACGGCCAGUUAGCCCCCGCAGGAGGAUCUGAAUCAGGCAUGGCGUCAUCUUCCUACUUGGAGCCCAACCUCAAUCACUCCGCAGCGGGUGGUUGUGGGGUUAAAUCCCGGUCUGGGAUGCCUGGUGGCACCGGUGUUGGUACCAGUGGCUCUGCUGGAGGCCUUGAGCGCCCCCCUGGCUCCAUGGACCGGGUUCUGAAGAUCUUCCAUUAUUUUGAGACAAACAGUGAGCCAUGCACCUGGGCUAGUAAUAUCAGGCACGGAGAUGCUACAGAUGUCAGGGGUGUUAUCCAGAAGAUAGCGGAGAUCCACAAAUUGCGCUGUGUGUCCUCUCUGGGACUCCGUCUGACCCAUCUGCACUCUGAUGCGAUCCACUGGUUACACCCUGAUUUAGGCGUGUGUCACGUCAGGGAGAAAUAUGAGAAACAGCACCCCCAGGAGGAAUGGAGGUAUGAGUUGCGGAUGCGGUACCUUCCUAAAGGUUACCUCAGCCAUUUCUCUGAGGACAAACCCUCGCUUAACUACCUCUAUCACCAGGUAAAGAGUGACUACAUGCAACAUAUAGCUGACCAGGUGGAUCAAGAAGUUGCUUUGAAACUCGGCUGUUUGGAAAUUAGGAGGUUCUUCAGAGAGAUGCCAGGAAACGCCCUGGAUAAGAAAUCCAAUUAUGAACUAUUAGAGAAAGACGUUGGUUUGAGAAGGUUCUUCCCCAAAAGCCUGCUGGACUCCCUCAAGGCGAAGACUCUUCGUAAGCAGAUCCAGCAGACCUUUAAGCAGUUUGCUAACCUCAAUGAUGAGCAGAGCAUCCACAAGUUCUUUGAGAUACUCUCUCCCAUCUACCGCUUCGACAAAGAGUGCUUCAAAUGUGCUUUGGGGUCUAGUUGGGUAAUAUCAGUAGAGUUAGCAAUUGGACCAGAAGAAGGAAUCAGCUACCUCACAGAUAAGGGCUCAAUGCCUACACACUUAGCUAACUUUAACCAGGUUCAGUCCAUCCAGUACUCCCCUUUGGAAGAGAAGGACAGGAAAGGCAUGUUGCAGCUCAACGUAGCAGGAGCUCCAGAGCCCCUCACAGUCACCACGGCAUCGCUGACUACGGCAGAAAACAUGGCUGACUUGAUUGACGGCUACUGUCGGCUCGUCUCCUUAGCUACUCACUCCUUCAUCGUCAGAGUCCACAAAGAGGGGGACAGAGCUCUGCCGUCCAUCCCAAAAGUAUCAAAUCAUGAAAGGCGGAUGGAAAAACGGAUGGAAGGAGUACGGACCCGAGCCGUUUGUGUCUCAGAAACGGAUGACUAUGCUGAGAUCAUAGAUGAGGAGGACACCUAUACGAUGCCUUCAACACGGGACUAUGAGAUUCAGCGAGAUUGUAUUGAGUUGGGACGCUGCAUAGGUGAGGGUCAGUUUGGAGACGUCCACCAAGGAGUUUACAUCAGCCCGGAGAACCCAGCCCUGUCUGUGGCAGUGAAGACGUGUAAGAACUCAACGUCCGACAGCGUCAGGGAAAAGUUUCUCCAAGAAGCAUUGACCAUGCGUCAGUUUGACCACCCGCACAUUGUAAAGCUGAUGGGUGUCAUCACAGAUAAUCCAGUCUGGAUCAUCAUGGAGCUCUGCACGCUCGGAGAGCUGCGGUCAUUUCUCCAGGUGAGGAAGUACAGUCUAGACUUGGCCACUCUCAUCUUGUACUCGUACCAGCUCAGCACGGCACUGGCAUAUCUGGAGAGCAAGCGCUUUGUGCACAGGGAUAUCGCCGCACGGAACGUCUUGGUGUCUACAGUCGACUGUGUAAAACUCGGGGACUUUGGUUUGUCUCGAUAUAUGGAAGAUAGUUCGUAUUAUAAAGCAUCUAAAGGUAAACUACCUAUUAAAUGGAUGGCUCCAGAAUCCAUCAACUUCAGGCGAUUCACCACAGCCAGCGACGUCUGGAUGUUUGGCGUCUGUAUGUGGGAGAUCCUAAUGUUCGGUAUCAAGCCUUUCCAGGGUGUGAAGAACAACGAUGUCAUCGGCAGGAUAGAGAACGGCGAGCGACUGGCGAUGCCCCCUCAGUGCCCUCCUACUCUCUACAGCUUGAUGACAAAGUGUUGGUCGUAUGAUCCCAGCAAGAGGCCACGCUUCACUGAACUCAAAACACAACUGAGCACUAUAUUAGAGGAGGAGAAGCUCCAGCAAAAGGAAAGGAGCAGGAUGGAGAUGAGGAGACAGGUUACUGUUUCUUGGGACUCCGGAGGGUCUGAGGAAGCACCACCAAAACCAAGUAGACCAGGCUAUCCCAGUCCUCGCUCGAGUGAAGGUUUUUAUCCCAGUCCCCAACAUCCUGGACACUACCAGAUGGCAGGGUACCCCGGCCCUCACACCCUCCCGUCGGUGCCCAGCGCCCUGUACCCCCAACAGGCUGCGAUGCUGGACACACACCACGCGCACACACAUCCCCGCCACCACGUCCACACACACUCGCACGCACAGCACCUUCCCCAUCCACUUGGGCACGACAUGGCACUAUGGGGCUCUGCAAUGGAGGACAGGGCAGUUGACAUGCAGCAGUGUGUAGGCCAGCAGUGCCUGUUAAUGGAGGAACAGCUGAUGAUACAACAACAGCAGAUGGAAGAGGACCAGAGGUGGCUGGAGCAGGAGGAAAGGCUGCUGAAACCAGACUCUAGAAGUUCUAGAGGGAGUCUGGACAGAGAAGACGGUGGACUCCAACCACCGACAGGAAACCAGCACAUAUACCAGCCCGUUGGAAAAGCAGAGCAUGCAGCUCCCCCAAAGAAGCCACCUCGACCUGGGGCCCAGGGCCAAGUGGGCAGCCUGGCCUGUCUAAAUACUGGAGACAGUUACAACGAUGGAGUCAAGCUGCAGCCACAAGAGAUAAGCCCGCCCCCCACGGCUAAUCUGGACCGCUCCAACGACAAGGUGUACGAGAAUGUGACAGGAUUGGUCAAAGCUGUGAUUGAGAUGUCAAGCAAGAUUCAACCAGCUCCUCCGGAGGAAUACGUUCCCAUGGUCAAGGACGUGGGUCUGGCGUUGAGGACGUUAUUGGCCACAGUGGAUGAGACUCUACCACAACUUCCAGCCAGUACACACAGAGAGAUCGAGAUGGCACAGAAACUUCUGAACUCUGACUUGGCAGAGCUGAUCGGAAAGAUGAAGUUAGCCCAACAAUAUGUGAUGACCAGUCUCCAGCAGGACUAUAAGAAGCAGAUGUUGACAGCGGCUCACGCUCUUGCAGUUGAUGCCAAGAACCUGCUGGAUGUCAUCGACCAAUCACGGCUCAAGAUGAUGUCCCAGUCCCGCCCACACUAGCCCACCGACAGCUGAGCUGACCAACAGGAAAUUGGUCUAUAAUUUCAGAGACCGCAUCAGUCUGGUUACUGUACAAGCAAUGGAGAAUUAAAGUGAUGUCAUGAUAUAUGGGAGUUAUCUAAGCUGACUGCUUUACAUCAAAGGAGAAAAACAAAGGCUCUGAUACUUUGACAACAGCCUGUGAAGAAUCAUUAGAUGUUGAAUCCUGUGUGAGCUGAGGUCGUCUCUCCACCACUGUGACUUUUGUAAUUCAAGAACAGAGUAAAAACACUUCCUGAAUCAAGGACCUGGCAGCUUCUCUCUCUUUGGACUGUAAUAUAAUGAUGAGAGGAGGAAAGGCGAAGAGGGACGGUGGUGAUAUCUCAAAUAUGGUUCUAGACCUCAGAUGAGCCUGAUACCACGGAUCCCGGGUUUAAAAGGUUAAAAACCCUCUGACAGAAACACUAUCAUGGGAGUGAUCAGAUCUGAAACUGUCGACAUCGGUUGGAUUUGUCUUUGGCGGGAUAAUACUCUUAAGCAAAGCCAUCAGAACCUGAUCAGACUGCGUUUGAUCUGCAACAUAUCUGCAUGAAACUUCACUGUGGAAAUGGACUCCGACUUCAGCCAGCAGCCAUCAUCAAUUCAUUUGUUGGUAUCAUGUGUUGUGACCCCUGGAUGUGAACUUUACCUCUAUAUCACCAUGGAUUAUUUUGAAUGGGCAGAUCAAACCACAUGCAAUCUAUUCAGAUCUGGUCACGUUGUGUUUGCUUUGAUUGGUGCUUCAACACGGACAUCCACAGUAAAGACAGCGUUGGUUUGAAGGAGCAGCCUCUUCCUCCAUUCUCGUCUCUCCUCCGUCUCACCAGGUUUUAUUUAUAGACUAAUUACAGAGGAGGAGACGGAGGGAGAGACCGGUAUUAAAACUUGAGGACAGUCUAGCUCCGGUCUGCUGCCUGAAGGAAGAACACACUUUCCUCACCUUUUUUCUCUAUUUCACUCACUACUUUUCCUUUUUGUUCUCACUCUUCGUGUCCUUCGUGAAGUCUUCCUCAGCUCCUCUCUGAGCCAGUUUUAAAGGCUCCAAAUGUGAAGAAUCCAACUCUUGUCUGGGUAAACACCGCAGACAGGAAACUCCCUUCUGGCACUCUAUUUAGUUUACCCUUUUUGUCGGCUGGCUCCAUGUUUUUUUGUGUUGUUUCAGCAGUCACGAUCUUCUUCCUCUUUACUGAACACUUAGAAUACAAGCAGAUAUUCAAUCCCAGCACUGACUCUGAUGAGCAAAAACAUAACAAGAAACGCAGGUUUUGAGGAUUCACUUAGUGUAACUGGAUAUUUCCUAUUUGUCCCAGAGGAAGAGAAGGACAUCAUGUCUCAGACUGGUCACUGAGCUUGACUGAACCUCUUUCUGUGAGGACAGUGUCUUGUCUCCUUCAUUUCUCCUCAACCUACAGUCCUAAUGGCGUUCAGUUGUUCCUCGUACAAGACUGGUGUCACGCCUUUAACUGUCCCCUCACCCACCGGUGUCGCAAAGUGAAUUGGGACACAAACAAACCUCACAACUGGAACCUCUGUGCUCUGUCCCAGUUUCUGUCAGGUGUAACUCUUUAAAUAUGUCCCUCCAACCAACAGUCCCCAGGGACACAAACAAACACACACACACACACACACACACACACACACACACACACACACACACACAUUAAAUGUGGAGCCACAUGACUGGAGCUUGUCUUGCAGACACAAAACACUGAACUGAAAAUACAGCAGAUCACACGUGUCUUUGUUAAUAGUGACCCCACAUGGAGUAUGACAUACUGCUAUAUGAAAUAUACUGGUGACUGUACUAGUACAGCAUGAUAUACAGGAGAAGGAGAAGAGCAUAUUUGCACAGCACCAAAAAAAAACCUAACCUUUUUUUAACCCUAUUUAACCCAGAUUUGAUUUCCAGGUUUAGCCAGCAAUGAAACUAUCAAAUAUCUGGGUUUUAUAGGGAUAAAAAAAAUGUUAAAAAACAAUCUAUUUUAUCUUGUCAUUGCGUAAAUCUGCUCAUGUUGGUAUAUUGUAAGCUAUACUGGUGUGAAUCACUGGUGAAUUGUACAGAACUAGUACUAGUAAACACUGGUUUUUAUUUUGUCUUCUGUGCUAAAUCAGCCAUCUUGUCAAAUAGGAGGAGAAAAAAAUGAAAUAAAAAUAAU